UAGCCUACAGCCUUGAUGGAUAUUUUACCAGACUCUGUCCUGAAACUAAAGUCAAAUUUGCCUCUGAUUUUUCUAAGCACACAAACUUUCCAAGAAACUCAAGUUGCUAAGGACCGAAUACUGGUCCUAAUAUCGAGAAAAACCUUUUCUAGGAAAAUCCAAUUGAUUAUUGAGCAGUUUAUAGUCUAAAGGGAUAGAGGAAACUGGGCAUCAGUGUUGUCCAGACAGUUCUCAAAAAGGGAAAAUAUGAUGUCCUCCCAAGGUGUCUCAAAAGCCAUUCAAUUGCUUUUCAUUUCUUCUGUUCUUUCUGGCUUUCCUGAUCUUGUCUGUGCUGAUCCUCCUUAUAAUGUUUGUUCAACCACCACUACUUAUGGACUUAAUAGUCUCUUCCAAAGUAAUCUUGAAAAUCUCCUUGAUUCCUUACCUUCUAAAGCUUUUGUCUCCCACUUUGACAAUACCUCCAUUGGAAAUGGCCUAGACAGAGUUAAUGGUGCCUUUCUGUGCCUCAAUUAUGUUGCAAAUGAUCAAUGCAGAAACUGCAUAUCUACAGCAGCAUACCAUGUCAAGAAACUUUGUCCAAACAUGAAUGAAGCCAUCGUGUGGGAGGAUGAAUGCCAAAUUCUCUAUUCUAAUGAAACAUUCUUAGGUCAUUUGAGUACUACAGGAAACAUACCUCUAGAUAAUAUGAAGAAUGUUUCAGACUUAGAGUCAGAACAGCUGAGAUUUAGAUCUGUUGUGAACGAUACCCUGCAGAACCUUAUCAAACAGGCAGCUUUCAAUUCUUCAACUGACAUGUAUGCCACCAAACCAGUAGUCUUUACAGAUGUAGAUAUCUUAUAUGCUCUAGUGCAAUGCACUCCAGACUUGUCACCAGAUAACUGUAGUAUAUGCCUUCAGACUGCCACAACAGAAAUCUUAGCAGUCUAUUAUUUUUCACGGGGCGCAAGGCUUCUCAGUCGUAGUUGCUAUCUAAGGUAUGAGUUCUACCCCUUUUAUGAAGUUGCAACUGAGCCCCAAGCUCCUGUUUCUCCACAAAAUCCGGGGACAAGGAAAGAUGGAAGAAGGAAAACAGGGAUGAUUCUAAUCAUUACAAGUGUAUCAGUAUCUUUGGUUGUGGCAACUUUGGCUUUCUAUGUCUAUUGUCUAGCAACGAGGAAUGGAAAGAAAAAGGAGAGAAAACAAUAUCUAAAUCGAGAAGUUCAAUUACCUGAUAUUGAUGACCCCAGUUACACAGGUCCAUAUCAAUUUCACGGAAGGAAAAGUCUGAAUUCUCAGGAAUUUCUCUUUAUUGAUUUAGCAACUAUACAUGAAGCUACUGACAACUUCUCUGAAUUGAAUAAGCUCGGACAAGGUGGUUUUGGCCCUGUUUACAAGGGUGUUUUGCGUGAUGGCAAGGAAGUAGCAGUUAAGAGGCUUUCAAGUGAUUCUGAGCAAGGUUCAGAGGAAUUCACAAACGAAGUUCUGCUAAUAAUGAAACUUCAACAUAAGAAUCUGGUCAGGCUUUUGGGCUUUUGUGUGGACAGGGAGGAAAGGAUGCUUGUCUAUGAAUAUAUGCCCAACAGUAGCUUAGAUGUCUUCCUCUUUGAUCCAAGGAGACGUGCACAACUUGAUUGGAGCAGACGGCUUAAUAUUAUUGGUGGAAUUGCUCGAGGGAUUCUUUAUCUUCACGAAGAUUCUCGACUUAGAAUCAUUCAUAGGGACCUAAAAGCAAGCAAUGUGCUAUUGGACUGUGAUAUGAAGCCAAAGAUCUCUGACUUUGGAAUGGCAAGGAUCUUUGGAGGAAGUGAAGGUGAAGCUAACACCGCUACAAUAGUUGGAACACAUGGAUAUAUGGCUCCAGAGUAUGCUAUGGAAGGGCUAUAUUCCGUUAAGUCUGAUGUUUUUAGCUUCGGAGUUCUCUUACUUGAGAUCAUAACUGGGAGGAGGAAUUCUGGCUUCCAUCUCUCCAAGCGCGCUCCUAGCCUCAUAUCAUAUGCAUGGCAGCUAUGGAAUGAAGGAAAGGGGUCGGAGUUGAUGGAUCCAUUAUUGACUGACUCAUGCUGCCAGAAUGAAUUUUUGAGAUGCUACCAUAUUGGAUUACUAUGUGUUCAAGAAGAUGCAUUUGACAGGCCAACCAUGUCAUCUGUUGUCAUGUUGAAAAGUGAAACUGUAACCCUUCGCCAGCCUGAACGACCUGCCUUCUCCAUUGGGAGAUUCACUGACUGCGAUGAAAAAAAUGCCUGUGGUUGUUCCGUCAAUGGUUUGACAGUUUCAAAUAUCGGGCCUCGCUGAUGGAGCUGGUGAACAAGUACACAAUUUCAUCAUAUUUUGGACCAAUAUACACUAAUAUUGCUAGCUGGAGUUUAAUCUUAUUAGUAUUGUAUAAUGCAGAAAAGAGCCCUUUCAUGAAUACAAUUGAUCUCAGUUCCAGUUUCUAACU